GACUGAAGCGAUUUCUGCUUAACCCGUGGUGUUAAGACUCGGAAACGAUGCCAGGAGACUCCAGAAGGAUAGCCGGCCCGCAGGACAGCCGGGCUCCGCACUGGUUCGGCAGACAGCAAGAGACACACCAGGAGGCUGGUGGGACCAGACAGGACGGGAGAGGGGACCAUGACCUUCGACCUGUGUACCUGCACACGGGUGUGGUUAGCCAGGCCACAGGGUCAGCCUACAUGGAGAUGGGACAGACCAAGGUCAUCGCAGCUGUAUACGGUCCCCGUGAGAUCUCCCGUCGUGAAGAGUUCACCAUGAAAGGCAGACUGUGCUGUGAGCUGAAGUUUGCUACGUUCUCCUGCAGACAGAGGAGACAGCAUAUACAGGAUAACCAAGAGAGAGACGGAUCACUGAUAGUUCUGCAAGCUUUGGAACCAGCUGUGUGCCUGGACAAGUUCCCCAAGUCUCAGGUUGACGUGUACAUCACAGUGUUACAAGAUGAUGGCAGCGCGUUGGCAGCUGCAAUCACCUGUGCUGCGCUGGGAUUGGCCGACGCAGGAGUCAUGAUGUACGACGUCGUGGUGGGAUGUUCCGUGAGACAAUGUGGAGAAGACCAAUGGUUAGACCCAAGUGUGAGGGAGGAGUUCAGGCCAGAGGUAGAGAGUGCAGGUGACCAUGGGAUGGUGACGGUGGGGCUUCUGCCUUCCCUAAACCAGGUGUCGGCUCUCGUGUUAGAUGGACACCUGCAACAACAAACAGCUGUACAGGCUGUUAAGACGUGCAUCAGUGGCUGCCAAGGAAUCUACCCGAUCCUUAAAGACUGUCUGGUGUCGUCUACAAGGAGGAACGUCCCUUCUUUGGAGCAGAAGUCAGGCCAGACCAGCACAGAUGGACAGAAUGGGCAGACAUGAGACUUGGAAUAAAAUCUGACCAUGGAAGGGGGAGGGGGGUCUGUUCUAAUAUAAUAUAGCAGAUUAUAUCUUGUAUGCUAAUAAUGACACGUUUUCCAGUGGAUAAUAAUAGUUAAGUCACAAACUAUGUUCCCAGAUUAUAACAUACAUGGUAAACUAUGCAUUUCUUGUCUUGAAAGUUCAACCUCCUUAGUUUAAACUGUAACUUAAUUUUCAACGUAAGAAAUUGGACUGAAAUUGUACAGUUGGUCUCAUUGUUCCAUAAUUUCAAUGAAUAUAAAACAUGGAAGUGAUGUGCAAGCACCAUCUUUACAUAGUUGUUUUUCUAUUCUAACAUCAAGAAAAAUUACAAUUUGGACAAAUCGGG